AUGGAUAUCAACGUGACUAGUAGCAGCAAUGACAUACAAAAUGACGUCAGCGGUGACGCUGGGGAUGACGACAGAAUCCCGCUGGACCCGCUAUUGCCCCAUCUCCGCCUCCCCGCUUCCCUCGUCACCCCAUCGCGCUUCCCCGCGCGCGCUACUAUUUCCCCGUGCGCGCUACCCUAUUCGCUCUCCAGCGACCAAUGCGGCAUCCCCACUUGUCCCCGCCCGGACCCGCCCUGCCUUGACUGCCGGGGCAGUGGGCGAGUGGAGUGCACCCGCUGCUACGGCCGAGAUGAGGUUGCUGGGGACGAUGUGAUGUGGGAUGGGUGGAUGGAGUGGUGGGCGCAGCUGGGCAGUGGGCGAAGGGGGGGCGAGGGGGCACCCCAUCCCAUGGUGGAGGGGCCUGUGUGCUGCGGGGGUGAGGGGAAGUGGGGGAGGGAUGGGGGCGUGGUGGAUAGGGGGGGUGGGGGAAGAGGGGAGGAGGAGGGGAGGGGGGAGGUUAGCAUGGAUAAGAGAGGAAGAAGAUUGAUGGGAAGCACUAGUAUGAUAGUUGUGUGGGGCAGGAGCGGGUGGAUUGAGGAGACUCUUAUAAGAGCGGAGGGAAGGAAAGGAAUGGGAUGGCGAGGGAGUGCUGCAACGCAUGGGGCACAUGAGGUGCGCAGAGGAGGUGGGCAGACGAGGUGGGCAGUGGAUCUAGGGGCGUUUGGGAAGAGUGGCAGGGACGGGGGGAGAGAGGGGCGUGGAGGAGGAGGGGCGGGUGUAUGA